AUGCCUUUAGAAAACAUGCUGCCCUAAAUAAGAAAAAACUAAAUGCAGAAUCAUUUUCGUUUGUGAUGCCAAAAUUAAAUGUGAAUUCAACAAAUGAAGACCCAACAGCUUCUCUUUUAGAGCAAGACAAAUUGCCAAUAUCAAAGAAUUAGUUUGCAAAUGAAUCCGUAAUGAUGGGAUAAAUAUGAAGAUCCUAAACCAAUUAGAGUAGAAAUCAGGUGUGUAGCGAGAACAGUAAUAGUAGAUAAAUGUACAAGAAUGGGGGAUUCAAUUAAGCAAUCAUCUUAAAUUAAUAGAUGAUAAAAGUAGCCAUUGGAUUAAAAAUAAAUAUACAAAGAAUGCUAUAGAAAUAAUAAACAAGUAGAAAUUCUCAACAAUAGAGAAUGAGAAAUCAAAAUUAUCCAAUUAAUGGAUUAUUAGAUUUUUGUAAAAAUAUUUUAAUUUAUUACAGUUCCAAAAUUUCAGUAAUUGAACCAUCAUCAAAUUGGUUAAAUUUAUGGAGCAUUUUUAUGUCUCUGUGUUUAAUAACCUAUUUUUACUUUCUAGUAAUAAAUCUUUAUUUUUCCAAAAACGAAGGUGAUUAAGAAUGGUAUUGGGAUUAAUGGAAAUAAGGGUAUACUGGCUUAUUAAAUAUUAUUUACACUCUUUGUAUGACAAUAGACAUUCUAAUAGAGAUGCAUGUAUCAUAUUUUGAAAGAGGAGAAUAUGUAAAGAAUAAAAGAUAAGUGUACAUAAAUUAUUUAAAAACUGGUUUUUUUUUUGAUUUUAUUCCACUCUUUAUUUUGUAUCUUUGUCUCAUUUCAGAUUAAGUAAAUGAGUCAACAAUAUUAAGAUACUUAUUCUUUUUAAAGUUUUAUAAGCUUUCAGUAUAUGAUCAAAGAUAUUAAGAGAGAGUUCAAUUACAUCAUAAAUCUAAAACAAUAUAUUUAAUAUUUAAGAUAAUAGUUGAGAUUCUGAUAAUAGUAUAGUUAAAUGCAGCAUUAUUUUAUCGUGCUGGAAUAUAUAUGUACGAUUUGAAAUAGGAAGAUGAGGAUAAUUUUGAUUGGGGAACAUGGUUGGAAAAUGAUAUGUUCAAUGGUGAUAUUUAUAGUAAAUCACUUUAAUCUUAAUACUUUUUAUCAUUAUAUUGGUCAGUUGCAACAUUAACAACAGUAUCAUAUGGAGAUAUUACUCCAGCUAAUCCUUUAGAGAUUUUGAUAAGUACGAUGGCUAUGUUAAUAGCAAUAUUUUUAUUUGCAUUAAAUGUUUAGACAAUAUAAGAAGUAUAUUUAGAGUAUAAGGCAAGCAAGAAAAAGUUUUAGAAGUAAUUGAUUAUAUUAUAAAAUAUAGACAUUUAAUAGCAAUAAAUAGAUUUAUGAGAGAUAAAUAGAUAUCAGUAUCAUUAUAGGCUAAGAUAAGAAAAUAUUUGGAUCAUAUUUGGGAUAAAUAAAGAGCCAGAGAAUAGAAAUUAGAAUAAGUAGUUAUAGGUUCGUUAGCUCCAUCAUUAAGAUAAGAAUUAAUGUUUGAAUCAUAUGGAAUGGAUUUAAUUAAGAUUCCUUGGAUGAGUGAUAAUUUUACUUUUGAGUUUAUUAAGGAAUUAUCUGAAGAAUUAAGAGAAGUAUAUUUUGCAGCUGAUGAAACUAUAUUUCUUGAUAAAGAAACAAUCAAUGAUGAUUAUUCAUUAUAUAUUUUGAAAGAAGGAUAAGUUGAUUUAUUUAUUAAUAGUAGUAAUGCAUCUUAACCUUUGAUUGCACAUUUAAAAAAUGGAGCAGUCUUUGGAUAAUAUUCAUUUAUUACUGGAGAUGGAAGGUAAUGUUCUGCUAAAACAAAAACUUAAACAACAUUAUAUUAAAUAAAUCGUUCAACAUUUAUUAAUACACUUCUUAAGUUUGAAGCAGAUUAUGAAAGAUAUUGUUAAUUAAAAGAUUCAGUUAUGCUUGGUAAAAGAUAUGAUUUAUUGGUAAUUUAUUUAUAUAAUUGAUUUAGUAAUUAAGUUGCUUUACUUGUAAUUUAACAGAUCAUAUGAGUAAUUGUUGUCCUCUUACACAUUUUACAUUUGAAUCCUAAAAAAAUAUUAUGGGUUCUUAAAUUGUUAAAAAUGAAUAUAAAUCAUAACAUAGAUAAAAAACUAAAAGAAGAAAAGCAAAAUAAAAAAAUAUUAUUAUUAAUGCUGAUGAAUUUGAAAUUGAUGAAGCAUAAUUAAGUGAACUUAAAUAAUAAUGUAUUGAAAAACCAAAUGAUAGCUUUGAUAUUGAUAAAGUUCAUAGUUUUAAAUAUUAUUUCCCAACAUAGAAUAUAGAUUCUUUCUAUUUUAAUUAAAUGAGGUAAUAAUCAUAUAUCAUAUUAGAAAUAUUUCAUUAAACCAUAAGAAGUAUUUUACACCACCGCUUAGACAUUAGAUUGUCCCCAAAUGA